CCCAUCGCAACCCCAGAUCCCAUUCGCGUGCGCCUCGCUCGCCUCGCCUGCUCGUUCUGUCGCCGUGCUGCUCGCUCGAGAACAGCGCAGCGCACCUCAGCACCAAACACCAGACUCGCAGCGAGCGACAAGGCCCGCGUGCAGCCCCGCAGGCGGCGUGCACAACGCCCGAGCCUUGCGGCCUCGCUGCAUCGGGAGCCUCGACGCCUCAAGUCUACAUCGGCCAGCAGCACACGCCUGCCCGCACCUCGAGCCUCGUCAGACGGCGCUGUGCCCGAGGCUGCUUGCGCCAGUAGCCGCUGCUUUACGCUCUGGCACUGCGCAGCGCUCUGCCGCAGCAGCACGCCAGGCCCAUGGCCACGCCGGGCGACGCGCAGCCACCCGCGACUGCUUCGCCGCUCGACUCUCAAUCGCCUGCGACGCAGCCGUCCGCGCCCGCAGCCCCCAGCAACGCCGCCCAGACUGCCGCAAUGGGCCCAGGAGCGGCCGCAUCAGGCGAGCAAGCGCCGGCCGCUGCGCACACGGGCGCGGUGCCCCGCAGCGACGAGGUGCCCGAUGCAGAAGGUGACGCCUCGUGGGCGAGCGCCGCGCCCGCCGCCGCCGCCGCCGCCGCCGUCGCGCCGCCGUCGUCUCUUGCGCAGCCCAGCGCGCCCCUCGCCUCCUCCGAGCCGACCACCACGCAGCAAACCGCCAUCGCCAGCAUUGCCUCACGCCUGCCGCUCGACGAGUCUGCCGCACACACGUCGUCGUCGUCGGCCGCCGCAAGCGCGCAGACCGCCAUCACGCCGCCGCACUCGCCGCAUCUCGACGGCGCCAACCUGCAGUCCUCAUCGUCCUCGCCCCUCUCCUCUGCCUCGUCGUCGGCCGGUGGCGCACGCAAGAACGGCGACCACCAGGCGCUGACGGCCAAGCUGGAGCAACAUCAGCUCGACGAGGCGAACGGCUCCUACGCCGGCCGGCCUCGCGGCGCCUCGUCCAUCGCCGGCCAAUCCGACAUCGACGACCUGGACGACGUCGACGCCUCGCUCUCCGGCUUUGCGUCGCCUGGACCGGCGACGCCUUCCCGAGGCACGGGCCGCGGUCGAGGACGAGGGCGUGGUCGCGGCCGUGGCCGUGGACGAGGGCGCGGCUCAGGCGUUCGCGGCGGCCGCGGUGGCCGCGGCGGCUCCUCGCUCGCUCGCCACGACGACGCCCGGCUCGGCUCUGACGGAUCCGGCACGCCGAACUACGCAGGACCCAGCCGCGCCGUCUACGCCCGCCCGAAGCCCACUUUCAUCACGUCGCGCACCUUUGUGCCUCAAGUCAACGGCGCGGCCGAGUCUGGCGUCAUCGAGGCGCAAUCUCACACAGCCAAGGAAGGCGGCAUGAAGCGCGCCGAGCGCCGCGGCAAGGAGGACCAGCCGGCGAGCGAAGGCAUGGCGCGGUCGAGCUCGCGCGCUUCGCGCAGUGGCGCGCCCUCAAGCGACCCUGUGCAACCACACCCGUCGAACCACCCCGUGCGCAAGGCGGCUCGCCAGCUCAACGGGCGCCUGUCUCCGCUGCCCUUCGAUAACGCCGAGCCCGACAGCCGGGCCGCCAGCGGCAGCGGCACCUCGGCCUCGGCGCCGUCACUCAUCCCCACGCACCACAGCACGCCGCGCGACCCGCCGCCGCGGCUGCGCCCGCGUCUGUUCGAGCUCGAGGAGGCGCCGACGUUCUACCCGACCAAGGAGGAGUUCGCCGACCCGCUCAAAUACAUCGAGUGGGUCGGCGCCGAGGACGGCGGACGCGGCAAGGAGUACGGCAUCGUCAAGAUCGUGCCGCCCGAGGGCUGGAAUCCGGAGUUUGUGCUCGACCAGGAGACAUUCCGCUUCCGCACGCGCGUGCAACGCCUGAACUCGCUCAGCGCCGAGGCGCGUGCCUCGCUCAACUACCAGGAGCAGCUGCAGAAGUUCCACGCUCAGCAAGGCCAUGCGCGUGUCUCGAUUCCCAUUGUGGAUCGGCGCCCGGUCGACCUGUACAGCCUCAAGCUCGUUGUGGCCACGUACGGCGGCGCCGAGGCCGUCGUCAAGAACCGCAAGUGGUCGGAGGUGACGCGCAAGCUGGGCUACGACGAGCGCGAGUCGAGCCACCUCGCGGCGCAGGUCAAGGCGGCGUACUACAAGAUCAUUCUGCCGUUCGAGAAGUUCCUCACUGCGGCCAAGGAGCAGGUCAAGGCCACGAGCACCUCUCCCGCUGGCGUGCCGAGCGCCGCGGCAGUGGCAGCAGCUGCUGCCGCCGUGCUGAGCAGGCGCGGGACGCCGACGCCCGGCGGUGCCAACGCAGGCCGGCGCGACUCGCUCUCGCCGCUGCCAGGCACUGCGGCCCAGCCUGGACCCGCGGCGGCGGCCAUGUCCGACCUCACGGCCGCCGCCUCGCUGAGCCCUGCGCCGCCAGCUGCGGGCGCUGAUGCUGUGCAUGGCUCGCUCGAUCCUUCGCCCGAGCCCGGUGCGUGGGCGAAGGACGCGUCAGGAGCCGCAGAUGCGGACGAGGCGAACGGCAAGCGCCGCAGCUCGCGCAAGCGCCUCGAUGCGGAAGCGCGCGACGUCACCGCCACAGGCAGGCCCAAGCGCCGCGCGGCUGGUGCUCUGGGCGCAGCAGAGCACUACGCGGCCGAGCAGGACCUCAUUCUGCUGCCCGGUGCCGAGGAACAGAUGUGCGAGAUCUGCCUGCGCGGCGACGACGGCAUGGCGAUGCUGCUCUGCGACGAAUGCAACCGCGGCUACCACAUGUACUGCCUCGACCCGCCGCUCACGACGGUGCCCAAGUCGCAGUGGUUCUGCCCGCCGUGCCUCGUCGGCACGGGCAACGACUAUGGCUUCGACGACGGCGAGACGCACAGCCUCGACAGCUUCUGGAAGCGCGCCGACGCCUUCCGCCGCACCUGGUGGGCGCAGCGCCCCGAGAAGAUCUGGUCACCGGCAGAGGCGGCGAUGAAGGAGGAGCAGCCUGACCCUGCCGCCGAGGCCGACGCGGCCGCCUCGGGCUCGCGUCCGACAAACGGCGUCGUGCGCGCCGUCGCGGGCACAGACUUGCACGUGGCCGAGGACGACGUCGAGCGCGAAUUCUGGCGCCUCAUCACCUCGCCACAGGAGACGGUCGAGGUGGAGUACGGCGCCGACAUCCACUCGACGACGCAUGGCAGUGCGCUGCCGACGAUGGAGACGUGCCCGCUGAGCCCAUACGCGCGCGACGGCUGGAACCUGAACAACCUGCCGAUCCUGCCCAGCUCGCUGCUGCGCUAUAUCAAGUCGGACAUCUCGGGCAUGACGGUGCCGUGGAUCUACGUCGGCAUGAUGUUCUCGACGUUCUGCUGGCACAACGAGGACCACUACACGUACAGCAUCAACUACCAGCACUGGGGCGACACCAAGACGUGGUACGGCGUGCCCGGCGGCGACGCCGAGAAGUUCGAGGAGGCGAUGCGCCGCGCGGCACCGGACCUCUUCGAGACGUCGCCCGACCUGCUCUUCCAGCUCGUGACGAUGAUGAGCCCGAGCAAGCUCAAGCGCGAGGGCGUGUGCGUGUAUGCGGUCGACCAGCGCGCCAACGACUUCGUCAUCACGUAUCCGAAGGCGUACCACGCCGGCUUCAACCAUGGCUACAAUCUCAACGAGGCCGUCAACUUUGCGCUGCCCGACUGGAUCGACCUCGGCUUGCAGUGCGUCAAGCGCUACCAGCACUUCAGCAAGAUGCCCGUCUUUUCGCACGACGAGCUCGUCGUGACAGUCUCGCAGCACAGCACGGCCAUCGAGACGGCCAUCUGGCUCGAGCGCCCGCUCUCCGAGAUGGUGCAGCGCGAAGUGGCGGCGCGCAACAAGCUGCGCGAGCUGAUUCCGGGCCUCGAGGAGGUUGUCGAGGAGUCUGACCGGCCCGAGCGCGAAUACCAGUGCGCGCACUGCAACGCUUUCUGCUAUCUCGGCCAGAUCGUGUCCGACAAGGCCGACGGCGUCGCCUGCCUUGAGCACGGCCACGAGGUCUGCGGCGCCGACAUUCCGUCGCGCUGGACGCUCCGGCUGCGCUUCUCCGACGCUGGCCUCGCGCAGAUGCAGGGCAAGAUCCGCGAGCGCGCCAGUGCGCCCGAGAACUGGCAGGCGCGCCUGCUCAAGCUGCUCUCGGCGCACGCGCGUCCCCCGCUGAGGAUGCUGCGCACGCUGCUCAACGAGGGCGAACGCAUUCAGUACGCCAUGCCCGAGCUCACGGACCUCCGCGAGUUCGUCGAGAAGGCGCAGGAGUGGCUGGAGAGCACGACGGCCUUCACCACGCGCAAGACGCACAAGCGGCAGAGCGCGCCGGGUGGACCAUCCGCCGGCCCGCCCGCCGGCCCCGUCCUCCUGUCAGCUGCAGCUACGGCCGCGGCCGGGCGCACCAGCGCGCGCGCCGCCGCCAGGCGGCGUGGCGGCGCAGCGAGGGGCAACGAGCGCAUGUCGGCGACACCAGACGAGACGCCAAACCCGGAAGACUCAACUGCUGCGCCAGACGAUGUUGUCGAUGCAGAGGCAUCGACGCUGCGCUCGCCAAGCGCGCUCUUCGCGCUCCUCGACGAGGUGGACAAGCUGCCCUUCGACGCGCCGGAGAUCGCGCAGCUGCGCGGUGUCGUCGACCAGGUGACGGACUUGCGCGCGCGCGCUCAGGAGUACCUGAGGGCCUACCGCGGAGAAGACAUUCCGUACCAGCCCAGAUUCGAAGGUGAACCGACGGCGGAGGACUGCCAGUGGCUCGUGGACAGCGGUGCCGCGCUCAACAUCGCGCUGCCCGAGCUCGACGCGCUCUCGCAGCUGGUCAAGCGGCGCAAGUGGCGCAUCGAGAUGCACGAGAUCCAGGACAACUUCAUCAACUACAGCGACGUCUGCGAUCUGCUGCGCGAAGCCGAGGAGGCGGGCGUGUCGCCCAACGAUUUGCUGUACCACAACCUGCUAGAGCGGCGGGCGAACGGCGACGAGUGGAUCAUGACCGCGAAGCUGUGGGUCGAAGGCCACGACGCGCCGACGGCGCUCGACCUCGAGACUCUCACGUCGACGCCCAACAAUGUCGCCAUCGUCCCGGCCCUGCACCACCGCGCCGAGGUGCUGCUGCAGAAGUCGAGAGAGUGCCAGCGCAGCGUCGACGCCAUCUACGCCGGCAUGAGCGAGCCGCUCGAGGGCCACCCGGUGCCGACGGGCAAUCUGACCCAGCUGCCAGACGCGCGCCGCGUCCUGCGCACCAUCAAGCAGCACAAUCUCCACAUCGCCGGCGCGCCCGAGCUGGUGCAGGGCAUCGAGCUGUACGACGAGUGGACGGGCAUGCUGCACGGCGCGCUCACGCGCUCCUUCUCGCGCGGCAAGGUGAUGAAUGCCGCGACGAUUGAGGCCGAGGUGCAGCGCUUCUACGAGCGCGUCAUCGGCACCACCAACACCGCCGACGAGCAGAGCUCGACGACAAGGUUCAAGUGCAUCUGUCGCUCCGAGGAGAUGCCGCCCGCCUCGAUGGUGUGCUGCAGUCGCUGCCGCGUCGAAUACCACCUGGCAUGCAUGGGCCUCGAGGCACGCGACGUGCCCAAGACGAAGCCGUGGAACUGCCCCAUCUGCGCCGGCAAGACGCUGCAGAAGUUCAUGCAGCGCCGCGAUGCCCUCGACAUGUCGCUGCUCGAGGAGCUCUCGCUCUCGCCCAAGUUCGCGCCGCACCACUUCCAAUUUCCACCGCCCGAGCUGGAGCUCGUGCACGACAUGCACAAGCGCCUGCAGCGCUUCCGCGACGUCACCUCGCGCGCGCUCGGCGGCUCUGUGAUGGACAUCGCCCAUGCGCUGCGUCGCAGCCUCGGCCUGCCGGUCAACGUUGCAACGCCCAACGGCGACUGCACUCUGACGCUCGCCUUCAAGCGCGAGCUUCAAGGCCUCCGCAACUCCACCACGCAGCUUCUCGAUCCCGAGGCCGUGAUGGCGCCUGACCAGGCCCCGGCGAAGCACCCCUCGCCAGCCAAGAGUGGACAUGCGCGCGGCGGCUCGCGUGCUGCCCAUCCGAUCGCUGCGUCCGAGUCAGGCAGCGCGCGUGCGGGACCCUCGGCAUCGCCGGCCAAGGGCGAUGUCACGCUCGACAACUCGUUCCAGGACGUCGACGACGGCGACAAGGAGGUCGACGGCCGCAAGCGCAAGCGCGGCAAGCGCGCCAAGCUCAUCUUCUCUGAGGAGAUGGGCGUCGUGCAGCAGACGAACGGCGAGCGCGUCUACUGCAUCUGCAAGAAGCCCGAGUUCGGGCACAUGAUCGGCUGCGACCGCUGUCUGCUCUGGUUCCACUGCACGUGCGUGAACAUCCCCAAGCUCGACGACCUCAACCGCGACGAUCGCUGGCUCUGCCCGCUCUGCUGCGUCAAGACGGAGAAGAAGUACGCCUGGGCCGAGGUCAAGGUGCGCCCCAUCGACUGGAGCGGUCCGGACAUGUACCUCGACGUGCGCGCGACGCUGCGCUCGACGAAGAAGCCCGUGAGCAAGGCGCAGUACUGGACGUCGCCCGAGAGCGACCGCAUCGUGCUGCAUCUCGAGAGCUGGCACCCGGCCGUGUUGGCUGACCGCAGCGAGUUGCCGGCCAAGCGACGGCGCAUCCACGACGCCAAUGAUCCUUCGACGUCUGGGCUGCGCGGCGAGCAGCAGGCGGAGCAGUACGGCCGUGCCUCUGCCUCUGCGACGCCAUCGGCUGCAGCCCCGCCAAUCCUUCCGCCGCUCGGUCCUGCCAGCGGCAUGGCCGCGCGCUCGCUGCCGCUGCCUCCGGGCUCUCACUCUGGUACGCCCUCGAACGGCGGCACCACGCACCCGUCGCCGCACGUCCAGUCGGCAAGCGCCGGCUCGCAGGCGCCGCAGCCACGCUUCAACCCGCCGCACGAGCACGGCUAUGGUGCACGUGGCGCACCCGACCCGGUCGAGCGUGAGCGCGCCGAGCGCGAGGACGCGAAGCGCGACGCCGAGCAGCGCCACCGCGCCGGCAUGGCCAAUCUGUACUCACGCGGUGUCACCGACGCCAUGAUCGAGCGCUGGUACGUCGGCUGGAACGGACGCACGCUCGUGUGGCCGCGCUACGACGAGCACGGCAAGUUCAUCGAGCUGGAUCUGGGCAAGAGCAUCCGGCUCGCGCCCGGCGACGUCGAUGGCUCGCGCUACAUCCAGAUGGUGCUCGACAAGGAGAAUGCGCGCAAGGCCGAGGAGCAUCGCCGCCGCCAGAUGCAGCAGCAGGAGGACCCGCACCGCCGCGAGCACCGCGAGCGCGACCUGCUGCACCCGCGCGAGCUCGCCGCGCCGCGUCCGCAGCUGCCGCCACCGCCGGCGCCUGGAGCACUGCUUCCUCCUCCUGGCCUCGGCGCAGGCCACGCUGGGCCGCCCAUUCUGCCCGCGCCGCACACACUCGCGCUGUGGCCCGUCGGCGUGCGUGACCAGCCGCUGCCGCCGCGUGCCCACUGGGACAACUACCCGCCGGAGCGCGUGGCCCACGAGCCGUCCGACGCCGAGCCCCGCGUGCGUGGCUCGUCGUACGCUCCCUCUCCCGCUUCUCACAUGUCCGUCGCCGCCCUCUCCGCACCCUCACCCGGCUCGGCGCCUCCUCUGCGCCCGCCGCACGAGAGGCCCUCGUGAGCUCCGCAUCUCCGACUCAGACUCUGACUCCGCCCCGGAAGACCGGCCUCCUUCACGAUCCGCGCGCGUCUCCCGUACAUCCUGUAUAACUACCUUCACACGUCUCGCGAGCACCCUUCUUAGCCUAGCCGUGAGGACGCCCAUCUAAUUCCAAGCCUCAGGCACCCUCUUCCGCCU